GCAUGGUUAGCCACGAAGAAACCCCUUCAUCAAGCUACUAUAUAAAAAGCCUUCGGACCUUUGAGCUGCUAGGAAUUUCUCUCACCAGAAGCUUACGGAUCGACUUCAUCGCCGUUGAGAAACCGGGCCUCAGCUAAAAACACCCGCCAAGAUAACACCGGCCACGAUGGCGGGUGACAUCCCAAGCUUGAAGGACAUUCCCGAGCCUGAUCCCGAGUCGUUCGUGCGGUACCAACGGGACAUCUACGCCAACCUUCGAAAGCCGGCCUUCUCCACGAAACCGACAGAAUGGGAGGCUCAGGCGCGGAAAGCCAUACCCCUGUCCAACUUUCUGUAUAUUUAUGGAUCCGCCAGUUCAGAAGAAACCCACGCAGGCAAUUUGUCAGCCUUCGAUCGCUACCGACUGCGCCCUUGGAUGCUCGUUGAAGCCACACGGCGUGAUUUAUCGGUCGAGCUUUUUGGCACCCGGUACAGCAGCCCGUUGCUCGUUGCCCCAAUUGGCGUGCAAGAAAUUGCGCACCCUGAUGGAGAAGAAGCAACGGCCCGAGCAUGCGCAUCCGUCAAAAUCCCGAUGAUUCUAUCCACUGCGGCAACGAGAUCAAUCGAACAGGUGGCAAAGGCUAAUGGCGAUGGUGAUCGUUGGUAUCAAUUGUAUUGGCCUAAACCCCAGGCUGAGGAGCUUACCGUGAGCCUACUUUCACGUGCUAAAGCAAAUGGCUUCAAAGUUUUAGUGGUCACGUUGGACACCUUCAUGAUCGGAUGGCGGCCUAAUGACCUGGACGAAUCAUAUCUACCUUUCAUCUAUGGGCAAGGCUGCCAGGUUGGAUUUUCCGACCCAGUCUUCAACCGCAUGUACGAGAAGAUGCGGGCGGAGGAUACCAGGAGCGCAACCGAAAAGCUUUCAGAGAUAUGGCAAAUCCUGAAGCGACCUGGCACAUUUUCGGGGACCAUGAGAGUCUUAGCUAAUGCUGCGACAAUGAAAAAGGCGAUGCUUUUUACGACUCUCGUCUCCUCUGGAACAUACCGUGAAUGGAAGCAUUUACAAAUUCUCCGAAAAUAUUGGGACGGACCAAUUGUUUUGAAAGGUAUCCAAACUGUAGAGGACGCCCACCGUUCCAUAGAUCAUGGGAUGGACGGUAUUAUUGUCUCUAACCACGGCGGCCGACAGUUGAAUGGCGCAAUCUCAUCUCUUGAUGCUCUGGCUGAAAUUGGAGGUGACGGAAGAGUUAAGAAAUCGGGUCUAACUGUCCUAUUUGACAGCGGGAUUCGUACCGGUAGUGAUGUUCUUAAGGCCAUUGCUCUUGGAGCAAAAGCUGUUCUCCUUGGACGGCCUUACGUCUACGGAUUAGCGAUGGGGGGUGAGAGCGGAGUGAAACACGUGCUCGAAUGUAUUCUCGCAGACACCGACAAUUCUUUGGCAAACCUUGGCAAGAAGAGUAUAUCGGAUCUAAGUCGGGAGGAUUUGAGGGUCAUGCAGCAGCCAGCCAAGCUGUAGCAAAAAGGUGUUAAGCAUGUAGGUACG